CAACCUCACAAUAUCACUAGAUGAUAUCACGCCACUCAAAGGCCUUCAUGGCCAUAAUCGUCUGCCUGGUUCUCGUAUCCACCCUCGCCCUCUUUCACCCUCCCUCGCGCGCAUAUAUGAGCCCUAUCACGGGCGAUUUCUUUGGGGAAGGUGGUGUGGAGAGGGACUACGGUUCCGACCGCUGGAGGCCACCGUACGACACACAGCCUGGGCGGAAACCGCCGCCAACAGAGGGAGGGGUUAUCAUGUCGAAAUUGGGGAAUGAGACGGCCAAGGCUGAGCUCGGUCGCGCGACUUGGAAGUUGAUGCAUACCAUGACCCUCCGAUAUCCUGAGAAUCCAACACAAGAUCAUCGAGAUGCGCUGGAGUCGUACUUCUACCUCACAUCCCGACUAUACCCCUGUGGAGAGUGCGCAGCCGAGUUCCAGCAACUUUUGAAGAAAUUCCCUCCCCAGACCUCAUCACGACGAGCUGCAAGUCUAUGGUUAUGCUCAGUACACAACGAAGUGAACGCCCGUCUGAAGAAGCCCGCCUUCGACUGCGCAAACCUGGACGCAACGUACGACUGCGGGUGUGGCGACGAUAACGCUACGUCAACAUCCCAGGCGUCAGCAACGGGCGUUGCCGACUCUGACCCGAUGGACCUCGAGUUCGACCUGUCGAAGGACGAACUGACAGGCGCAGGACUGAUUAAGGGCGGACGAUGAUACCGGCUGAAGUUUUGAUAUCUUGGAUCCUGUGGCCGCCGCUGCGGAUGUAUUUGUUGAGGUUGAAGCUUAUGCUUUUGGGUUUACGAGCUUUGUGGAGAUAUUUGGGAGGUUUGGACCGCCAUUGUGGUUCUCGGGCGCCAAUGCGUUGCGCAUUACGUACAGGGUAUAUAAUACGGCUUUGGUAUAAUAGGUGGCUCGCUUUCCCCCCACAUGUUGCUCGUUGUAGACAGGCUUCCCGACUGCAAGGGACGCUAUCACUUUCCGCUCGUUCGCUAUCGCUGUCUAGUCAUAAAUUCGUGUUUAUUGGGAAACAAUCAUGUGUGGUAUGGUGAAUAUAUACUGAUAAAGUUA